AUGGAGAAAUAUUUUGGAAAAAGACCAAGAAUUUUGGAUUCUUGUCCAGAACUAGAAGCACAGAAUGCUGAAGAAAUUUUGAUGGAGAAUGAUGAUAUAAAUGAAGUGAAAUCAAGGCUGAUCCUGCGUGGUUAUGUGGCACCAGGAGAUGAAGCCUUCACUAGUUGUGGUUUUUCUAAUUGGAAAAAAGCACUAGAAAAAUUCAAGGCGCAUGUUGGGGAUAAAAGUAGUGCACACAACAAAGCAAUGAUAGAAUAUGAAAAUUUUGUCAAUCAAAGGCAAAGUGUGACAUAUGUUGAAAGUAGAGGGGGACAUGACGAGUCAUCUACGUCUUUGAACAAAGGUAAUUUUCUUGAGUUAUUAGAAUGGUAUGGUUUGAGGAAUGAUGAAGUUGGAAAAGUGAUUUUGAAAAAUGCCCCUGGAAAUAACCAAAUGACUUCUCCAUCAGUCCAAAAAGAUAUGGCUAAUGCUUGUACGGUGGAAACCACACUUGAUAUAUUGGGAGAACUUGGAGACAGACACUUUUCAAUCCUAGUUGAUGAGUCACGUGAUUGCUCAACAAAGGAGCAAAUGGCAAUUGUCAUAAGAUUUGUGAACAAGGAUGGCCAGAUAAUUGAAAGGUUUUUAGCUUUGGUUCAUGUCAAAAAAACUACAUCAGUUUGUUUGAAAGAGGCAAUUGACUUCGUAUUUGCUAAGUUUAAGUUAUCUUUGUCAAGAUUGAGAGGCCAAGGAUACGAUGGAGCAUCAAACAUGCGAGGUGAAUGCAAUAGAUUGAAAGCACUAAUUUUAAAGGAAAAUCCAUCAGCUUGUUAUCUUAUCUCGAUUGUCACAACAUGUGGUUCUUCUUGCAAAAGGGUUGAUAUGAUUCGACUAAUUGAGCACGAUAGACUAGUUGAAAUGAUAGAGAAUGGGGAAAUCGGUACUGGUAGAGGCCAAAAUCAAGAAACUUCUUUGAAGAGACCAGGUGAUACUCGAUGGGAAUCUCAUUAUGUCACCGUGAUUCGUCUUGCAAAUAUGUGGCAGUCAGUAACCGAAGUACUUGAAAACGUAUUUGUUGAUGGAGAAGAAUAUGAAACAAGGGGCAAAGCUGUAGGUCUCGUACAGAAAAUGGAGACUUUUGAAUUUGUAUUCAUCCUUAUGUUGAUGAAACAUUUGUUGGGGGUUAUUCAACCAUUGUCUUGA